GUCCGUAUCAAAUCCGUCAUCGUCGUCGAUGACAUACGAUGUCUUAUUUCAAGAUCUAGAUCCAGAUAAACCGUUCAUCCUCUCCGGACAGCAUUCGCCUUACGCACAGCCAUAUACGUAUGAAAGCACUAUCACGCUAUAUCCGAAGUUCACCGGAUAUACAGUAUUCCCAUGCCAAAUUCUCCUUCACCCAGGCGUAGGGGUACUUGACUUGCCUAAUUUCGUGGCCAUCCCACCCUAUCCUCCUCGUAGUGCUCCCACGCGUCCGCUACAGCCUACCUAUGUAGCAUUCAUACUCAUAGCAACAACCCUCGCCCGUAUCCUCGACUUCCUGCUCCUACUCAUGCCCCCCGGGGGACUCGCCAAUAAUCUCUUGGCUCCGUAUCUGCAGAGAGUGGAAGAGAUAGUGGAGCUUGAGGAUUUGAUAUGAGGUUCGAUAUAGAAGUUUUACGGGAUUGAAAAGGCAGUCAAGCCUGCUGUGUGAUGGCGGCUGGCUCUUG